GUGGUCGUCAAGCUUCUCUCCCCUGCGAUAUAAAACACCGAGGAUAGAGCAGGAGAUGUCCAUCUGCAGUCCUACUGACGCACCAUGACGUACCUACUCAAAGGUGGUAUCAUAGCGACUUUCACGAAGGACAGCAACAAACCCUCUGUGUACGCUGCCGACGUCCUCGUCGAAGACUCAGUCAUAACACAGAUCGGCGAAAACAUUGCCGCUGACCCCAAUGUCGAAGUUAUUGAUUGCGAUGGCAAAUGGGUCACGCCCGGAAUGGUCGAUACACAUCGACAUGUUUUCACGACAGUUUUGCGUGGCGAGCAGUGCGAUUGGCUAUUGUCGGAGUACCUCGUGAAGAUGUCCAUGUUCCUGCAAGCCCGACUUACGGCAGAAGAGAUCCGGGUAGGUCAGUUGUCGGGAUGCCUCGACGCUCUCCAUUCUGGCGUCACGACCAUUCUGGACCACUUCCAUGCCGCAACAACGCCCGAACACGCCGAAGCGUCUCUCCAAGCGACGAUACAGAGCGGAGCCAGGGUGGUUUGGUGCCCUGCGCGACAGAGCGGCCCGACGCAGCUCCUUCCAACCGUCGAAUAUGGCAACGAAGAGGAGACCUGCAAGUGGCAGAUGGAGAAGCUUGCAGAAUGGGGUUCAAAGGACGGUGGAAGACUGAGUCCUGACGGACGAGUAACCUUGGGCCUAGCUUACGACAUUAUCGAAGCAGGACCCAUCAGCCCACACAAAGCAGCGCUGAGGUAUGCCCGCGAGAACAACGUCUCCAUCAUCACUGCGCACGUCGUGAAAGGCCCUCGCAUCACAACCUGGCGCGACGCUGGCCUGCUCGGUCCGGAUGUCGUGUUCUCGCAUUGCAAUUGCCUCUACGACCGUACGGAUCCCGAUGACGAGAUGUGGGAAGCCAUGAAGGAGAACGAGUGCGCGAUCGCGUCGACACCGGUUGACGAGCUCGGUAUGGCGCACGGGAACCCGGUUGCUAUAGAAGCUGUACAACGAGGGGUCAAGUGCGGCCUAGGUGCGGACUGCCUGUCCAUCAACGGUGGAGACAUCUUCGCACAGAUGCGGAUGGCCCUACAAUUUGCGAGAGGCCGUGGCCACGAGAUAAUCGAGCGAGAGGGUCAUGCGGGGCCGAAAUCCAACAAACACCUCUGCGCUGACGCAUUCCGCCUUGCGACACUGGGCGGGGCGGAAGCUCUGAACCUCGACGACAAGAUCGGAACCAUCGAGGUGGGAAAGAAAGCCGACAUGGUGGUGUUCGACACGGAUUCCGCGAACCUCGCGGGGAUCGACGACCCUAUCUCUGGUAUAACCUUCCAUGCGUCCAACGCAGACGUGGAGCUCGUGAUGGUCAACGGCGAAAUCGUGAAGCGGGACGGAAAGCUCACAAAGGUGCCCUGGGGACCGGUCGCGCGGGAGCUGAAGCAGAAGGCGCGCGAGGUCCGCGAACGCUUCCCGCGAGAGAAGCUGGAGGAGUUAUGGAGCGAGUGGUAUGAGGCUUGUGGAGCACCCAGACUUUGAAUGGAUUGGUCUUCUUGCAGUACCUUCGUAUGCUACAUGACGGAUCGGAAUGUAUUAGUGUGAUAACGCAUUCGUUCAUGACCGACAUCUCCAUGCAACCUCAGGGCCUCAUGCAUAUUGCCUAGUCACAGAC